AUGGCCACACUGCGCGCGUUGGUGUUCGCCGCCAUGCUCCUCGUGGUGGCGUUCCUCCUUGCUAUUCUCGCGUGUACCGCUGUCGCUGAGAAGAAUGCGCGGCCGCUUCUGCCGCUGAUGCUCUCGCUCAUCACGCCGCUUCCGUUCCUGCUCUGCGGCCGCCCGCAGGGCAGUUUCACGGAGGAGAGUCUCUUCGACGGCGCUGGCCUCUUCCUCGGCGGCGCCCUUGCGGUGAGCGGGCCGGCGUUGAGCUGUGUGUUGUACCACACCGGCAGCAUCACCACCGGGGCGUUCCUCCUCUCUUUAGGUUCGGAGGUCUUUCUCGCAGCCACGGCAGGCGUUCUUACGUUUGCCUCGCCUUCGGAGACAAGCGACGAGUACGACUUUUGA